AUGUACCGCAGCAGUGUCCGCUCUUCUGUCUCUUCGCACCGGCCUAAAGACAGCGGCGGGGGCAGCUCGCGCACCGGCCGCAACUCCGGCUCUUCCUCAGGCCCGGCGCGCCGCGCCUCUCCGCCCGGCCGCCGAGCUUCGCCGUCCCCGCCACGGGGUCGCCGCGGUUCCCCUUCCCCGCCGCGGGCCCGUCGCGGCUCCCCGUCGCCGCUGCGGAGCCGACGACUCUUCCCGCCGGGCCCAGCCGGCUUCAGAGGCAGCAGCCGUGGGGAGUCCCGCGGCGACUUCGCCCGGGACAGUCGCGGAGACCAUCCAGGCGACAGCGGCAGCCGGAGACGCUCUCCUGGUCUGCAUUCUGAUUCUUCCUUGGAGCAGAGUUUAAGGAUCACUGUUGGCAAUGACCACUUCUGUGUUGGCACACCAGAACGGCGGCGCCUUAGUGAUAGGCUGGGAUCACCAGUGGAUAAUCUGGAAGAUGUGGACAGGGAUGACCUAACUGAUGAUUCUGUCUUCACUCGAAGCUCUCAAUGUUCUCGAGGUCUUGAGCGAUAUAUUUCUCGGGAGGAGGGGCCUCUUAGUUCUUUUUUGGGACAACUUGAUGAGGACUACCGAACAAGAGAAACUUUCCUGCGUCGAUCUGAUUAUAGUCCCCUUAUCAGUUGUCAUGAUGAGCUGUUGCAUAGCACAGAACGGAAUAGAGACAAACUCAAAGGCUCCUACUCUGUACGCUCUGAGGAGAGGGGUCGGGAGGCCAAACGGCCCCGUUAUGACGACGAACAGAAGAUACACAGCAUGGAAGGCACUCACCUGAGUUUUGCUUCAGGCACACGCAACUAUCGACAGCGUAGACGAAGCCCAAGCCCUAGGUUUCUAGACCCUGAGUUUCGAGAACUGGACCUUGCUAGACGAAAGCGAGAGGAAGAGGAAGAACGAAGUAGGAGCUUGAGUCAGGAGCUGGUGGGAGUUGAUAGUGGUGGCACUAGCUGUCCCAUUCCUGGAUUGUCAGGUGUCCUACCAGCAUCAGAGCCAGGAUAUUCUUUGCAUCGGCCUGAGGAAGUAUCUGUGAUGCCCAAGAAGUCCAUUCUAAAGAAGCGGAUUGAGGUGGACAUGGAGCCUUCCAUACAGUUUGAGAGAUUUUCCAGCAGUACCAGCUCCUGCCAGGAUCAUACUCUCUACUCUGGACACCCAUCUCUUCCACUAAGUGGUGCUAUAGCUGCUUUUGCCUCAGAAAUUGAGAACACCAAGGAGACUUUGGUGGAGACUGCCUUGAAGGAACCUCAAGACAACAUUUACCAGUGGGGUUCCCUCCCUGGGAUGACCAAAGACAACAGUACUCUUAGAGAAAAGUUUGGAAGUUUUCUGUACCACAAGGAGAAAUUGGAUAUGAAGACUGAGGGACUCGAACGCCACACAGACUUCUUGCUGCCCCAUGAGAGGGCUAGCCAUGAUGGCAGUGGUUUUUCCCGCAUUCUAAGCAUGUUGGCUGAUUCUACCAGUACACAGGAAAAACGGCGACGUAGCUUCCCUGAUGUUGAGGAUGAGGAGAAAUUUCUCUAUGGGGAUGAAGAUGAGGACUUAAAAGCAGAUUCCCCACCAAAGCCCCUUGUGGGCUCCAAGAGUGAAGUUAUGAGGCAGAAGACAAGCUCCCUUCCUUCUUCAGGGCUAGCUAUAAAGCGAGAAUCACUAGAAGAGACCAAUCCAGAAUAUACCAAGAUUCAUGACUUACUUAAGACCAUAGGACUGGAUAUAGGGGUAGCAGAGAUUAGUAAGCUGGCUGCACGUACCCAGGAACGACUUCAUGGCAAGAAGCCAUCAUCACAUCCUUCAGCUGACCGCCGUUCCUCAGUUGACAGGCACUUUUCAUCUGAUUGUCGUUCCUCAGUUGACCGCCGUUUCUCAUCUGAUCGAUGCUCCUCAGAUCCCCACAGACUGGAGAGCAGGGAGGCACACCAUAGCAGUACCCAUUCCCCAGAGUUGUCCCAUCCACACCCAGCCUCCCCUGUGGAUCCUUAUCUGCUCACAAAAAACAGCCCCCCUUUCUUAAAGUCUGACCAUCCAAUGGGUCAGGUUUCAGGACCAGAGGUAGUUGGCAGUGGGUUUCAGUCAUCUGUUGCAGUCAGAUGCAUGUUGCAGUCAGCCCCAUCUGCCCCAAUUAGACUUCCACACCCUGCUUCUUUAUCUCAGUUUCACAUGCCAAGGACCCCUCAGUUUGCUGCAGCUCGGAUACCUCCAAACUACCAGGGACCUGCCAUUUCCCCUGCCUCCUUUGAUGCCUAUAGGCACUACAUGGCAUAUGCAGCCUCAAGAUGGCCCUUGUACCCCACCUCUCAACCAUCAAAACACCCUUUACCUGAAUCACAUAGGGUAAUACCAAUUACCAAACAAGCUACGCGUAGCCGUCCUAAUCUUCGUGUGAUUCCCACUGUGACUCCUGAUGAUCCCAAGCAGGAGGAGCCAGUGCUAAGCUCAAUUCCUUCUGUUCAAGUGCCUGUCCAGGUGUCCAUCCCAUCACUCGUAAGAUAUAAUCCUGAAAAGAUCUCUGAUGAGAAGAAUCGUGCUUCUCAGAAGCAGAAGGUUAUUGAAGAGAGGGAAAAGCUGAAGAGUGACCGAGAGGCACGCCAGAAGAAGAUGUACUAUCUCAGGACUGAACUGGAGCGGCUUCAUAAACAGCAAGGAGAAAUGCUGCGUAAGAAACGAAGGGAGAAGGAUGGCCACAAAGACCCCCUCCUGGUGGAGGUGAGUCGGCUCCAGGAUAACAUUAUGAAGGACAUUGCAGAACUACAACAAGAGGCAGAAGAGGCAGACAAGAAGCAGUCUGAACUUGACAAAGUGGCUCAGAUCUUGGGAAUUGACAUUUUUGAUAAAUCCCAAAAGUCUUCAAAUGACAGUAAAGAGCCUGCAGAGAAGCCUGGAAAAGCAGAAAAAGCUAAGAGCCCAGAAAAAGUAUCAUCCCCUUCAGACUCCUCCAGCAGCAAGGAAUCAAAAAUAAACAAUGAAAAGUUUCGUGCUAAGAGCCCCAAGCCUGCUGAGAGCCCGCAACCAGCUGCUAAGCAGUCUGAUCAGCCCCUUACUGUCUAUGAAUAUUAUGAUGCUGGCAAUCACUGGUGCAAAGACUGCAAUACCAUUUGUGGAACCAUGUUUGACUUCUUCACCCAUAUGCACAAUAAGAAGCACACACAGACACUGGAUCCCUACAACAGACCUUGGGCUUCAAAGACCCAGACUGAGACCAAGCAAGAUGCUAUAAAGCGUACUGACAAGAUAACUGUUCCUGCAAAAGGCUCUGAGUUCCUGAUUCCCAUCACUGGAUAUUACUGCCAGCUCUGUGAGGAAUUUUUUGGGGAUCCAGUUUCUGGAGAACAACACGUGAAAGGUCACCAACACAAUGAAAAAUACAAGAAAUAUGUGGAUGAAAACCCAUUAUAUGAGGAGCGGCGGAAUCUGGACCGCCAAGCUGGCUUGGCUGUGGUCCUGGAGACAGAACGGCGACGGCAGAGUGAACUUAAGCGCAAACUUAGUGAGAAACCAAAGGAAGAGAAGAAAGAAAAAAAGACAAAGAUCAUGAAAGAAGUAAAGGGGGAUGACAAGGUCUCUCAGGAAUUAGAGGACCAACUCUCUGAGGAUGGGAACUCCCCUGAAAAGGCUGAAAAUAAAAGGAAGCCUAGCCUCAAAGUCCAAUUAAAAGAAGAGGUAAAGAAAGAAUCACCAACCUCUUCCUCUUUUGGAAAAUUCAGUUGGAAGAAGCCAGAAAAAGAUGAGGAAAAAAGUUCAGUAGUAGCUCCAAGUAUCCCUAAGGAAGAGAUUGUGGAGAGCAGUAAGGACAAAGAAGAUGGCAAAGCUGAAGCUGGGAAGGCAAAGCCCAUCAAAAUCAAGCUCUCUGGGAAGACUGUUGUAGCACAUACCAGCCCUUGGAUGCCUGUUGUGACUACUUCAACUCUGACUAAGAUCAGACCCAACCUGCCUAUCCCAUCCACAGUACUCCGCAAGUCAGGUACAGCCACAGUGAGCAAGCCAGCUCCUCUUAACACCUUUCUAUCCAUCAAGUCCUCUGGAACCACUGCUAAGCCUCUGCCAGUGGUCAAAGAGUCUUCAUCUGAUCUUUUUUUGCCUCCAGACAUUAUCUCCAAAGCAUUUGGAGGAGAAGAGGUGAUUCUAAAAGCGUCUCCAGAGGAAAAAACAGUGCUGGCUGAAAAGAAUGAGCCAUCCCAUAUACCUGAGCAAAUGCUACCACCUCUUCCUCCACCCCCUCCACCACCACCUCCACCACCCCCAGUAAUACCUCAUCCAGCUGCCCCAUCUUCUGCUCAAGCAAAUUCUGUCUUGGCUCCAGUAAAGUCAAACCCAGCUGUAUCUCAGACUCUCAGCUCUGGCUUCCUGGCUCCUAACAUUUUGAACCCAGUGUUGCCUGUAGCCAUCGUAGCCUCAACACAGCCAGCUGCCAUUCCUUCCGAUGAGACUGCUCCUGGGGUGAGUGAGAGUGACCGGGACCAGGCCCUAUUCUCUUUGUUAGUGCGUCCUCCUCCACCCCUCUCAAGUGUCUUCAGUGAACAAGCAAAAAAACUGGAGAAGCGAAAUUCAUGCUUAGCCACAGCCAAUGCUAAGGACCUGUAUGACAUAUUCUACAGCAGUGGUGGCAAAGGGGCCCCUGAGACUAAGCUGAACAGUGGUCCAUUGGCCAAUGGGGAAAAUAGCAACCUCUCUAGGGCAGAAGGUACAGACAGCUCUUCUAUUUCUACUUUGAACAGCAGUAUAUCCCAAGAGGAGUUGCCCAAAGACAAGGGUUUAGUCACUGCUCCUUUAGUAGGUAACCCUGAAAAGCCUAUUGCAAAAACUCUGGUGUCCCUUGGGAACUGGUCAGUUGUGGAACACAUGGACUCAAAAGGCAGAGACAGCAACCAUGGCUUUCUACAGCCUCUGACAAGAUUGUGCCAAAGCAGGCAUUAUGAAACUGUUACCCAAAAGACCGAUACUUUGGCCAUGUGGACGUCUGGCUCCUUCCAGAGUGACACUGAUAAUGAUAUGUCACCAGAAGGAAAAAUCAGUCUUGACCUGGGAGAGCCAGGACCGCCUGGUGUAGAGCUAGCCCCUCAGCUGUCAGAUAUACACUGUCAUACUAUGGGAUCUCAGAAAUUGGUGGGAAUCCACCUCAUAGAAUCUGGUAACCAGGAUAAGGAAAGCCAACAGCUCCACCAGUCUGAGAAUUGUGAAGAAGGUGAGGUAGAGACAAACACUGAACUAGAAAAAAUGGGAGCAAAGCUCUCUGAGGGGAUGGUAGAAAAGGGAAUGGGUAUCAACAUUAAGCCUCACAGCUUAGAGAACUCUAAUUUGAAUGAUGGAAACAGAUACAUGGGGGAGGGAGGAGAAGAACAACCCAAGUUGCUGAUUACUGACAAAGAGGCUGAACAGCCCAAUAAAUUGAUGACAGGAAAUGAAACUCAAAGUAAAGUAGUGAUCGAAUUGAGUGCACAGGCUCUCUCUUCUACAAAGGCACAAGGAGACUCAUUUCCAUCAGGAGAUAGGUCUUUACUCCAGAAUCCACAAGAGAAACCUGUGAGAAAUUCUGUCUCAAGAUUGCUUCUUCAGUCCUCAGUCAGAUCAGAUACGUGUUUUACAGAUAGUCCACAGGAACAAGGAGUUUCAGUUGGUGGUGAGGAAUGGAUAGAGUCAGCUUCCAGAAUAUCUAGGUACAGAAAUCUCAAAUUCAAGAGGGAAAGAUCAAAAGGUUUUCAGGGUAAAAUGGAGCUAAGAGAUGUCCACCCAGAAUUAACAGUGAAAAUAGAAAGCAAGACCUCAGAAGACUUUGAAAGUACAGACUUAAAAUUAGAGGAGCUUGCUGCCCUGGGGAAUCUAGGAGAUAUGUGUGUUGAUACCUGUAAUACUCAAGUAGAACCAGCACAUAGAGCUCCAACUGCUGUGUCUCAGAAAGUGUGUCAAGAAAAUUCAACAUCACUUGUAGAAUGUAAUCCCUCUAGUCCUGCUGACUUUGAGCCAAUCCCAUCCUUUUCUGGGUUUCCAUCUUCGGAACCCUUGGUGCUUAACUUUGGGGCAGAGGGUGAGCAAAGCUCAUCUAAUCCCAGAAAUAGGAUCAUUCCUAACAUUUUGAAAACUGGACUGCCUAUGGACAAUGUUGACCUUGGCUUGGGGAGCGUAGAAGUAACACACCAGGCACUUGACCUGUUAGCAGGAGGAAUGAUGCCUGAGGAAGUAGAAGCAACUUCCCAGUUAGAGAAACAAGAGUCACUUGGACUGGAAUCAGAGACAAUGAACUCUUCAUGCCUUGGGCCAUCUCCUUGCCUUCCAGACCUUGUUGACUUUGUCACACGGACAUCUGGAAUUCAGAAAGAUAAGCUGUGUUCUCCUCUCUCUGAGCCUAGUAAUCCUCCUGAGUGUAGCUCUUUGGAGAUGGGACCACUACAGCUAGAAAUGCCGAAUGCUUCUAUUACAGAGGUAGAAAUUCCUCAAGAAGAUGAGAACAAUUCAGGGUCCCCUCCAAGGGAGCAGGUGGUUGGAAAUAAUAUGAUCCUUCAGCAGACACCUGCACAAGAAGCUACAGUUGAUGUCAUUCAAGACCUCACGGAAUCCAAUGUUCACAACUGA